AUAUAAAGUUGUCCUUUCGAUUGUUACGCCACUGCAUGUUGUGAAUUUGAUUACUCCUUCAACUUCGCGUUUCGCGCGCAACUAUCCCAGAUCUCAUGCAACAUCCAGGCGCUGACUUUAAUUAUUUAGCUAAUGUGACAUUGGACCAGUGACAGCGGUAAAACCUAACCAAGAUUAUUCUUUCCUUUUGAAUCAUGUUUUUCUAUUUAUAAUCGAGAUAGCACUUCACUAACGUGGUUGGAAUUCCAAAAAUGGCUUCGAAAUUUAAGAAAUUCGCUGUUGUAUGUGGGGCUGGGGCAGUAGGAGCUGGAAUAACAACCUAUUUUUUUAUGGAUGAUGAUUUCGAUAGAAGGUGGAACACAGUCCAUGCUCAACAAAUUGCACUGCCAAGAUCAAAGAAGCCAUUACCAAGUAGGGAUGAAUUAUUGAAAUCCUUAAAGACAGAAUCUUUUGAUGUCUUAGUCAUAGGAGGUGGAGCAACUGGGGUAGGAUGUGCCUUAGAUGCAACCACCAGAGGAUUAAAAACAGCUCUUGUUGAAGCUGAUGAUUUUGCUUCUGGAACUUCUAGCCGUAGCACUAAACUUAUUCAUGGUGGAGUACGAUACUUACAAAAAGCUAUAAUGCAGUUAGAUAUAGAACAAUAUAGAAUGGUUAAAGAAGCACUUAGAGAAAGAGCCUUAAUGCUUGAGUCUGCUCCUCAUCUUGCCCAUCCCUUACCUAUAAUGCUGCCAGUUUAUAAAUGGUGGCAAGUUCCUUACUAUUGGGUGGGAAUUAAAUGUUAUGACUUAGUAGCAGGCUUGAAAAAUGUGAAAAGUUCAUAUCUUCUAUCUAAGAAAAGUGCACUGGAGUUAUUUCCUAUGUUAAGAGGUGAUGCCCUAUGUGGAGCACUAGUAUAUUAUGAUGGUCAACAAGAUGAUGCAAGAAUGAAUUUAGCAAUUGCCUUGACAGCCAUUAGGCAUGGUGCGACUGUCUCAAAUCAUGUGUCGGUCACAAAAUUACUAAAAAAGACAGAAGGCGACAAGGAGGUCGUCUGUGGGGUGUCUGUAAAGGAUGAAAUCACAGGAGAAACCUGGGACAUACCAGCCAAAUGUGUGAUAAAUGCUACCGGACCAUUCACAGAUUUCAUAAGGAAGAUGGACGACCCUAAAGUACCCGAAAUUUGCGCUCCUAGCAGUGGAGUUCAUAUCACUCUUCCAGGUUAUUACAGCCCUGAACAAAUGGGACUAUUGGAUCCGUCAACAAGUGAUGGUAGAGUAAUUUUCUUCUUACCAUGGCAAAAGCAAACCAUAGCAGGAACAACAGAUCUCCCUUGCGAAGUUACACGUAAUCCUAAGCCAACAGAAGAUGAAAUCACGUUUAUCUUAGAAGAAGUCAAAAAUUACUUGAAUCCGGAUGUUGAAGUGAGAAGAGGAGAUGUUCUGUCAGCUUGGAGUGGUAUCCGUCCCUUAGUUUCUGAUCCAAAUAAGGCAGAUACACAGUCAAUAGCUAGAAAUCACAUCAUUCACGUUAGUAAAUCUAAUUUGGUUACUAUAGCUGGAGGAAAGUGGACCACAUACAGGUCAAUGGCAGAAGAAACCAUUGAUGCUGCAAUCACAGCCUGUAAUUUGAAACCAAAGAAAGCUCAUAGUCAAACCUCAGGGGUUCUAAUGGAAGGAGCUCAUGAAUGGACCCCUACAAUGUAUAUCAGGCUUGUACAAGAUUUUGGUUUAGAAUGUGAGGUCGCCCAACAUCUUUCAAAUUCAUAUGGAGAUAGAGCUUUUUCAGUAGCAAAAUUGGCGUCUUUAACAGGUCAGCGUUGGCCAAUAAUAGGGAAGAAAUUGCAUCCAGAAUUUCCAUACAUUGAUGCCGAAAUAAGGUAUGGGGUCAGGGAAUACGCCUUGACUGCUAUUGAUAUGAUUGCAAGAAGGCUUAGACUAGCCUUUCUGAAUGUUCAAGCUGCACAGGAAGCCCUACCGCAGAUAAUAAAUAUAAUGGCUGAAGAACUCAACUGGUCUGAGGAGGAGAAACAAAAGCAAAGUCAGGCAGCCACCGAUUUCUUAUCUAAUGAAAUGGGACAAAACGUGAAUCGCGCUAGUAGGGAUAAAAUUCCAAUCAAUUUAAGCAAGGAAGAGAUACAGCUUUAUAUUAAAAGAUUCCAAAUCAUUGACAAGGACCACAAAGGCUAUGUAUCGAUAAACGAUAUCAGAAGAAGUCUCAAGUCACUAGGAAUCAAAUUGACUGAGGACGAAAUCCAUUCAUUAUUGACUGAUAUCCAGCUCAUGCAUAACGGUCAAUUGGAACUAGCCGAUUAUUUGCAGCAAAGCGGUGAAGAAAAUGUAACGGGUGAACAACUGCAUGAAAUCUUGAAGGAAAUUGAUACAAACAUGAACGGACAAGUUGAACUUGAUGAAUAUUUACAGAUGAUGUCAGCUAUCAAGUCCGGACAUGUGACUUACUCAAGAUUCGCAAGAAUGGCUGAGCUGGAAGAAGCAGAACAUGAAAGACAAAAACUUAAGAAGAAAAUAUCAGUUGAGCGCAGCGGCGGUGGUCUUUAAUCCACAAUAUAAAUCUUUUUAUUGUAUAUAGAAAAUUUCUGUUGUAUAUUUUUAUUUAUUGUAACUUAUAGCUUUUAUUUUGUUCUGUAAUACAGAAGACCAACAAAUGCUUUCAAAGGUUUCAGUUCCUACUUUUGGUUGAAAUAAUUUAAGAAACAGAAAGAAGACUUACCUCCAUUUUUCAUCAGAAUAAUUCUGAAACUUCAAUGAGAGAAUAAUUUUUUCUGUAUCUAUCUCACGCUGCAUUGCGAUCGAGAACUGUUACAGACUUGUUACAUAAAUAAAAGAUGAUUCAUGGAUUUGCAUCA